GAGAAUGCUGGUGCAGCAGUUCGACAACGACACCAUCUUCAAGCUCCCAACUGCUGUCCGACUUCUAAAACACGUCUACUCCUCGUCCGCCGACUAUUAUGUUGGUUUGAGCAAUAAGGAUCGCCCAAUUGCCGCAGACUCACAGCCCCGCAUCCAACUGGCGGAGCUGGAACAUGUACUGUACAACGAGCAAAGCCACCGAGCUUAGUACGACCCGACUUAGUUCUUCGAAUUGAGGAGCAUCAGAUGGCACGAGGUCCUGUAAUUGUUGGUAUCUCGAUUGGCACUCUGCCAAAGAUAUCCAGAGUGGACAGUGUUCCUGAACCUCUAGCUUCAGAAUGGUGCGCACUGGGAGUUCUUCUCGAUGGUCUUUAGCAGAUACAUACGACUUCAUCGCUACUUUUAUCACCAUGUCCGGCACGCGAAGAAUGCCUGCCUAUCGCCCCUCACUGCAGCAUAAACCAGCUUCCAGAGCAACACAUUCACAGACCAAAUCCAUUAGACCGAUUAGACUCCAUAGAUAUCACCCGAGACCGCAGAACCUGACGCCUGCUAUCCAGCAUGGCGUCUUUCAGAAACGACACUUUCACGACUAUUUCGUAACAAAUCUCCCUUCCUCCUCUCUUCACCCCGAUUCACGCUCCUCGACCGGCCCUCACCACAAGCUCCCCCGAGCUGCCUCCACCCCUCACACACCUGGCAGCGGUCCCUCUCCAGCAGCAGCACCGCCCAUGAUCGGUGCGUCCCGCGAGCUUACCGUUGUCCGCAUCCCGUUACGAAGCGCGAAGCAUCACUUCGGAGUCUCUGUCUCGCGGGGACAACGGCCGUAUAACGAGGAUACGUACCAAGCUGGGACACUGGAGAUACCGGCCUUUGCGAAGAGGGCGCCGAUCAGUUUGACAAGGUCGGGGAAUAAGACGAAUGUGGGAGGGGCGACGUCGGCGGAUAGUGCCAGUGGGGACCCGCAGGUGUUUUAUUUCGGGGUUUUUGAUGGGCAUGGUGGGGUUGAGUGUAGUGAGUUUUUGAGGGAGGAGUUGCAUACAUAUUUGGAGAGGUCGUCCCUGGAAUUUGAGCUGGAGUCUAGCUUGAGGACGGGGAAGAAGACGGCGAGAGAUGUGGGUAGGCCGAGUGCUGAGAAGGACCGUGGAAGUGAGCUGGCGACUAAGGGGAGGGAGAGUCUUGAUAAUAUCAAAACGAAAGAUGUGGAGGAUGUCAGGGCAGAGAUGAGCCUCCCGGUUCGUGGUAAAGAUGGGAAGGUGGAACAACCACCAGCAAGCCCCGUGCUCGAAAGCGAAGUGCCGGUUGAGUUGGAGUCCAACAAGUCCAAAGCAAUACAGUUGGAGAAGUCACUGGUUGCUCAGUGGAAAGAGACCGUUGGAGGAUACUUUCGACGUUUCAGACCCGAGUACUUUACCCUACCAACAUCAUCUCUCGACGACCCGCCAUCAAAUGUUCCAAUCUCUAUCGAAACAGUCCUAAUGUACGCUUUCUUGAAAGCAGAUCUCGACUUUGUGACAGCACAAGCUCGCAAGCCAGAUCCGGAAUCAGAAAACCAUCACAGCGACAAACCUUUGAACGCGGAUGAUAUUCUAGGCCAACCUGCUCAUCGCCAAAGUCAGCACCAGAUUGGUGGACCGAAACGAUUUCUUGGUGGUUCGACGGCUUCUAUUGCGUUAAUCUCGACUCCUACUCCAACACCAUUUUGGCAUCCUGCUUCACCAUCUACCUUGGUCGUUGCUCAUGUGGGCGAUACCAGGAUUCUACUCUGCGAAACUGCUACAGGUCUCGCAAAACCUGUGACUACGAAUCAUCACCCCAGCUCUCCUAUCGAAAGCACAAGAUUACGCAGAUAUGCAGCAACAUUCGUGACAGACUCCUUCGGAGAAGAGAGAAUGUCUGGUUUAGCCAAUACUCGCGCUUUCGGAGACAUGCGCUCAAAACGAAUCGGCGUCUCAGCCGAGCCCGAAAUUCGAAGAAUCGAGCUUGCACCUGCGGAAUACAGCUUCAUAGUCCUGGUAUCUGAUGGUAUCAGCGGCACUCUCACCGACCAAGAGAUCGUCGACGUGGUAAAGGAAGCCAAGACUCCCGAACAAGGAGCCAGAGAUGUAGUCAGCUUCGGUACAGAGGUCACUCGAGAUGGAGACAAUGCUACCUGUCUCGUGGUCCGUCUUGGAGGUUGGGAACGUAGGAUUGAGGGCGGCAUGGGGAGUAUGGGGACGAAGGAAGUUAGAGAUUUUAGGAAAGGAGAUGCGUUGGAUCCUAGGAGAGGGAGGACGUGAGUGAGUACAUAUGAGAAGAUGCUGGCUCUGUAUAUAUUAUGAUUAUCAUGUUGUACAUUUCUGCUCUUUCAGUUGGCAGAGACAAAGAAUAAGAAGUAUUCAUACCCC